UUCCAUAUAUAGUAACUUUUUUCUCUUUUUUAUUUUACUCUAUCUUACUUUAUUCUCUUCACUCCUCAAUUCAUUCUACACUGCAUUGCUUCACGAUCUGCUUUCUCUAUUUCCAACCCUCACUUCGAUAUUCCAGUGAGCGGCAUAAUCUCCAUCCACGACGAGACGCAUCUACCUCAACUUCUAAUGUGCCAUUCAAUUGCUAUGAUUAAUUAUCAUAUAAUUAUUCAGACCACAUUUCUGAUAACAUUGGAUAAUCUCUCUCUCUCUCUCCACUCCUCAUUUCAAUAUUCGACCAUAAAAUCUCCAUCCACGACGAGAUGCAUCUACCUCAACUUCUAAAGUGUCGUUCGAUUACUAUGAUUCAUUAUCAUAUGAUUACGUGAAAUUAUUUUAAUUGGAAGGAAUGACUAUGACUGAAAUAUUACUCCAUAUGAUUAUCGUUAGUUAUAACAGUCAUAGAUGCCUUAAUGUAAGUUGUCAGUUAAAUUAAUAUGUUGUCAAUUAUAAUAUGUUCUCUUUCAUCAAAUAACACUAUAUAAACUUCAUAAACAACAAAAUGAAGAGGCUAUAAACUAAUUAAAACACGACUUCCCAAUCCAAGACAAUAAUUUUAAUCCUAGGUUUUCAAAUAUUAAAUGCUCCCACAGACGGAUCAGAUUAUCAACCAAAUCCAGAAUGUGUUAGAUCUUGCCUCCAGAAUAUUUGAAUCCUUUUUACUAUGAAAUGUGCGAAGAUGAAUUUGAUCCAAUACACAUUUCGAAUAAGUGUUGCAAGUACAUUUGUCAACUCACUUGACUAUGGUUGCUACAUUCUCGUUCUCGUUAAAAUAGUUGUGAAUAUGCACCUUUGCGACGAUAAACUAGGUGGUGACAUGGGUCAAGCCAUUUGGGUCUAAUGUUAUGGCUACACAAUGCUGUAACAUAUACACUACAUAUAGCGGUUGUUGAAAAUAAAAAAAUACGAUGUUUUAAUAAUACAUCUUCUAGCUAACUAAUUCUACGAUAUAAUUGUCUUUCUUACUUUUAUCAAGGUUAUUUAGUAAUUUUGUAUUAGUUUAAACAAUGCUAUAAACAACAUACCAAACACAAUUUAAAAAUAAUCUCAACAAUUUCACAAAUAAAAUUAUCAUAGGUUUACUUAUCUAACCAUGGAUACCAUAUACACCCUAAGUUGAGGCAUCUUCCAAAGCAUUGACUUCAAUCCAGUUUAUAUAGUAGUAUCUUUAAAGAAGACCACAUGCAAACAAAUCCUAGUACCUCUACUUCAAACCAGUUCAUGGAGAUAACCAUUCAAUUCAAAUAUGUAGCUGCAGAAACUGAUAUUGGAACACUAUACUAUUGCUAUUGAUCUCGGGACAAUUUUUAUGCUGCAGGAAGUUGAGAUUGGUAGCUAUUUAACGAACAAUCUGAUGCUUGAAAAAAUAUAAAUGAGGGUAGAGUUUAUUGAUGCGAUCCAACAGAGUGAUCAAAGUUACUAGUCGAAGCCAUUUUGAGUUCAUCGCAUGAUUAUGUUGGAACAGCAAAACAGGUUAGGGUAUUUUUUUUAUUAGAUGGCUUCACUUGAAUGGCAUCUAAGUCUUAAAUGAACACUAUUGGCUUGUUUUAUUUAGGUGUCUAGUUUCUAAACCAUCAAUAGAUUCAAUACAUUAUUACAUGGAAAUGGUGUGGCCUGAUGAUGACUUGUACAGAUUGUUUGAUCAACUGUAUUUGCAGAUUAGGAAAAAAUAUGUUGGAGAUUUUACAAAUUACGAAGUUGUUAGUUUCUGCAUACAUACAAUUGGACUUGACUUGCAACAUCUUCUCUCUUAUGCUUAAUUUAAGCUUAAAUUCGACAAGUCAUGCUUAGCUCCCCUCCAAUGAAAAAUAAUAUAAAUAACAAAAUGUCAUGCUUAGCUGACCUAACUCAUGCACUUACUACCUUCUCUUGUCAGGUAAGAAAGCUGACCAAUUUUCCUACCCAUAGUCACACACGCACAUAUAUAUACACCACAAACCUUGAUGACACAUUAUACCAAUACAUAAUUUAGUUCAACAUAACAAGUUAGAGCAGCGCACCUCUAAUGGCAGAGCACCAUAAGAAGAUAUAUCCAGAUGUUGAAGUAGCGAUGCCUACUCGGCCGCGAGCCUCGCUUGGACUAGAAACUGGAGAUCCAUCAUCAAUUCCGAUGGUGCCACCAGGAAAACCCAAGCCUAAGCCUGAUCCCAAGCCCAAGCCGGACCCCGAUCCAGACCCUGAACCCGACCCUGAACCCAGACGUUGUUGCUGCAAAUGCCUUUGCUGGACGGUUGGCCUCCUGACGCUCCUGGUGUUCAUCGUUGGAGCCACUGCAGGCAUUAUAUACCUUGUGUUUCAACCCAAGCUUCCCAAAUAUUCAGUUGACAACCUCAGGGUAUCGGAUCUGACACUCAAUUUCGACAUGACCCUUUCGGCAAGGUUCAAUGUUAGGAUCACCACCGACAACCCCAACAAGAAGAUUGGAAUCUACUACGAGAAGGGUAGCCGUCUGAGCGUAUGGUACAAAGACACCAACCUCUGCCAAGGAGCCAUCCCCAAAUUCUACCAGGGGCAUCAAAACAAGACGGUGUUGAAUGUCGCCUUAACAGGGAGGAAUCAGUAUGGGACAACUCUGCUGAAUGCAUUGCAAGAGCAGCAGCAGACAGGCAGGGUGCCUCUCGAUCUUAAUAUAAAUGUGCCCGUCAGCAUCAAACUUGGAGCCCUCAAGCUCAGGAAGGUUAGGAUAUUGGGGACCUGCAUGUUGAUUGUUGAUAGUCUUACUGCUAAUAGCUUAAUCAGCAUUAAAGCAAGCAGCUGUCAUUUUGGACUCAAACUCUGAAUAAUUUCUUCUUCUUUUGGUCGCUGCCCGCGCCCCUCUUCCAAUGU